CCGUGUACACACACGCACGCUGACCACACGCAGAUCCAAAGCAAGAGUUCAAACAACAUCUUAGCGUUUUCUACCAGCUCUCCAUCAGCAUACAAAGGAGGAAGAAGCGGGAGCCUUUGUUGGAAGAGAUGAUGAUGGGCCUGGGUCCCCUGUUGUUGGUCUUCAUGCUGUGUGUGGGUCUGACCCCGCCUACCCUAGCUCAGGAUGAGAGGUACACACACUUCCUGAAACAGCACUAUGAUGCCAACCCAAGAGGUCGGAAGGACAUAUACUGCAACGAGAUUAUGAAGCAGCGAGACCUGACUUCACCCUGCAAAGACAAAAACACCUUCAUUCAUGGCAUCAGGAACCACAUCGAUGCCGUCUGUGGAGACAAGAAUGGAAUACCUCACGAAGGAAAUUUAAGAAUAAGCAAGUCUCCUUUCCAGGUCACCAUUUGCAGGCUUAGUGGAGGUUCCCCCCGGCGGUGCCGAUACAGAGCCACAAGAGGGUCCAGAAACAUUGUUAUUGCCUGUGAACAUGGCUUGCCUGUCCACUUUGAUGAGUCCUAUUAUCGUCCAUAACCAGCAGGCCGCUGGCCAGAGCUGGCUCUGCCCUCCACUCCUUGCAUUUCCCCUACACACUCCAGAACGGCGGUGGCAACAUUCACUGCCAGGGGCCCAGAAAAAGAGCCUGAAUCUUUUGUUUUCUG